UUUUAGUAUAAAAGGAAUAAAUCUAAAAAUGCUGGGAUGUUGAAUUGGAAAAGAAAGUCAUAGGUUUUAAGCCAAAUCUUUAAAACACAGAAAAAUCUUCCAGUGCUCUCAUGCGUACAUCCCAUCUCCAUGGAGACUGCUCUCUCCCUUCCCUGCCAUAUGCUUGAGACUGGGAUGGUGUUUGGUCUGUCUGAAUUGUCUGCAUAAGAGCCACUUAUGACUCAGUUCUUUCUUACCCUUUGUAUUGGAUUUCUGCCCUGUACUUCCUGUUAAUUUAGGUGAAAUUCCUGUAUGUCAUGAUGCAGUCAGUUGCUCACUCACCUUCCUCUCUUCUGUGGUUUUCCUAAUACGUGGGUUUGUUUGCAGCAAAUGUGUAGUAAUUGGGAGGAGACGAGAGAGGAGAGGUUCUGGAACACCUUCAGGAUGCUGCGUCCAAUGUCCACACAGUUCAAAUAUCUCCUUGUUUGGGACCAGUAAUCCUCAAUAACUGCUGGGCUUUUUCAUUUAAGAAAAAUCCCCCAUCCCACACAUUCACUAUGUGCAAGUCCCUGCCCAAUAAGGAGGAUAAGUUUCAGUUGCUUCUUUUUUGCCACAUCAGACCCUUUCCUUUCUGCUGAGGAAUUGCCUUUGUGAGCGUAGUGCCAGGAUGUGUUGUACCAGACUUGCUUGGCUUAAAGCCUCUGGAAGGAUUGUCCCUGAGUAAGCUCUGCAUGGAGCAUUUUUUUUUUCUCCUUGGUAAUAAAUGAUCACAUUUUUUAGGUUUGCCUUGGGGGGUUUUUGGUUUUGUUUGUUUGGGUUCUUCCUAAGAGGACUAGGGAGGCGCACCCGUUAUACUGAAAGAAUCAUGGGGCUGAAUGGCAAAGAAGGUCAAUUGACAUACAUUUUCUGUUUGAAUCCCAUGAUAUGGAUGGAAGUGGGGGAAUGUUGGUCCCCCAAAAUAUUUACCCUGUUAGUAUGGGAAUAUAUGUGCAAAUCUGACAGGAAUUCCUGGCUGAGAUUUUCCAAUCUUAUGCAUGUGUGACUCACAUACCAUGACUGGAAUAUUUAUAUGUCCAGUGUCUGAAAAUAGGUCGUUGAUACUUAGGGUAGUUUUUCUUCUCCCUUGUCUGUUUUUCUCACGUAUUUUAUAUUUCUUUCUUUUGGAAAGCCAUUUUAUACUACCACAGCCCUUUGCUAGAUAAAUAAAACUGUAUUCCUUUAUAAAACUUGUGAAAUUAAAAAAAAACCAAAACAAACCAAAACCGACCCACAAGGAAGUGGGGGCAGUUGUGCAGUUGAACAAGACAAGGAAAAGUGUGCUCAUAACCUUCAGGCAGUGGUAAAGAAAUUUAAAUUUUAAAUGCAUUAGAAAUUUUUCAUGUAUUUUAAUUAAUAUGUGUAAGGUUUACCUGUUUGUGAAAUUAAAUACAAUCUUUGACUUUGGUAGAUGCACGGUUAGAUACAGCAUUUAAAAUUUUAGCUCUUUACACUGUAUUGUGAAGAUGAACUGAUUUUAAGAUUUUCCUCAUUGAUCAAAGUGAAUUGUAGAAUAACAAAAAUGUUUUAACUUAAAUGCAUGGGUCCUUCUUGACAAUAGAAUGUCUUUAUAAUUGUGUGUUUAAGUUGUCUAUGGUAAAAAUUUUACCACAUUGGAACAGGAAUGACCAAAAGAAGACCAAAGUUAAGAAGAAAACAAGCAAUCCGCAGUUUAACGAAACAUUUUAUUUUGAGGUAACCAGGUCCAGCAGUUACACCAAAAAGUCUCAGUUUCAGGUGGAAGAAGAAGAUAUUGAGAAACUAGAAGUCAGAAAUGUCAGAGAGGGUUGACCUAUGGAAUAAUGGGAAUCUGGUACAAGACAUCUUUCUAGGAGAAAUUAAAGUUCCUGUGAAGGUGUUAAGAAAUGAUUCCUUUCAAGCAUGGUACUUACUUCAGCCACGAGAAAAUGGAAACAAGUCUUCUAAAACUGAUGAUCUGGGAUCACUUAGAUUAAAUAUCUGUUACACUGAAGACUGUGUACUUCCAUCUGAGUACUACACUUCUUUAAGGAACUUGCUGCUAAAAUCUUCAGAUGUUCAGCCUAUUUCUGCAUCUGCUGCCUACAUUCUGAGUGAAGUGUGUCGAGACAAGUGUGAUGCUGUGCUGCCUCUGGUACGGCUGCUGCUGCACCACCAUAAGCUGGUUCCCUUUGUUGCAGCAGUGGCUGAACUAGAUCUGAGGGACACCCAAGAAGCAAACACAAUCUUCAGAGGCAACUCAUUAGCAACUCGGUGUGUGGAUGAAAUGAUGAAAAUAGUGGGGAAGCACUACCUAAAGGUUACUUUGAAACCUGUUAUUGAUGAGAUAUGUGAGUCUCCUAAACCCUGUGAAAUAGAUCCCAUCAAAUUAAGAGAGGGGGAUAACGUGGAAAUUAAUAUGGAAAAUCUCCGAUAUUACGUGGACAAAGUGUUCCGUGAAAUAGUGCGGUCGAGUAUAAGUUGUCCUACACUAAUGUGUGAUGUUUUUUAUUCUUUGAGGCAUCUGGCUGCCAAGAGAUUUCCAAAUGACCCUCAUGUACAGUAUUCUGCAGUGAGCAGCUUUGUGUUUCUUCGUUUCUUUGCUGUAGCCGUAGUCUCACCUCAUACUUUUCAUUUACGACCUCACCAUCCAGAUGCACAGACUUCUAGAACAUUAACUCUUAUAUCAAAAGCCAUCCAGACUUUGGGGAGCUGGGGAAGUUUGACCAAAAGCAAACUUUCAAGUUUCAAGGAGACAUUUAUGUGUGAGUUUUUCAAAACAUUUCAAGAAGAAAAAUUUACUGAAUCUGUCAAAAAGUUCCUGGAUGAUGUUUCCUCUACUGAGAGUAAAGAGCCCAGUGGUGUGAGCGAGCCAGUACAUCUAAAAGAAGGAGAAAUGUACAAAAGAGCUCAGGGAAGGACUCGGAUUGGCAAAAAGAAUUUCAAGAAGCGAUGGUUCUGUCUAACCAGUAGAGAAUUCACAUACCACAAACAGCAAGAUAAAGAACCAAUUUUCACUAUUCCAAUCAAAAACAUCCUUGCAGUGGAGAAACUUGAUGAGAGCUCCUUCAACAAGAAAAAUAUGUUUCAAGUACUUCAUGGAGAAAAGCCACUCUAUAUCCAAGCCAAUAACUGUGUGGAAGCCAGUGAGUGGAUAGAGGCUCUUUGCCGGGUAACGAGGUGCAACCAGAAGAGGCUGAGCUUUUACCACCCCUCUGCUUUCCUCAACGGGAGCUGGCUGUGCUGCAAGGCCACCACGGAGAGCACCGAGGGCUGCGCUCGCUGCACCGCAGAUGUUCCUGCUGAUACUCAAAUUGAGAUUGAUGGAGACAGAGAGACGGAAAGGAUUUACACACUUUUCACUAUCAACAGGUCUAAAUUACAGAAGUUGGAAGAGGCUUGUGGAAGUAUAGCAGUCUAUCAAGGUCCUCGGAAAGAACAAGAUGAUUAUUCCAACUUCACCAUUGAAGAUUCUGUAGCCACUUUUCAUACACUUCAGCAGAUAAUAGAUAUAGUAGAAAAGCUGAAUGAAUCACAUGAAAAAUACCAGAAGAAGAGAUCAUCUAGUGCCAAAUAUGGUAGUGAGUAAGUAUCUUAAUAACUUUGACAUUGAUAAAUGUGUACCUUGAAAAAAUAAAUCAUGGGGCGAGGCCAGACUUGUUUGGGUAGAGAUAAU